AUGGACUUCGGCAAACUGCCAGUACAUUGGACGUCCAAUGCGAAAGCUUGGGUUACCCAAGAAAUUUUUAGAAGAUGGCUGGAGGAAUGCUUUGUACCGGAAGUUAAAGUAUACCUGCUCGAGAAAGGACUAGAGUUCCGAGUUCUGCUUAUAAUCGACAAUGCUCCUGGUCAUCUACGGGUCGAACACCCAAAUGUAAAAAUUGUCUUUCUUCCACCAAAUACUACGUCGCUUAUCCGGCCUCUGGAUCAGGGCAUAAUAGCUACCUUCAAGCGAUAUUUCAUUAAAACGACGUUUCGGUUUAUUCUGGACCAAGUCGAUACCGCCAAAGCAAUGUCUAUAAUAGAAGCAUGGAAAUUUUUUACAAUGCGCGAAUGCGUGGCAUUCAUUGACGUUGCAGAACAGCAGUUAAGGAAAUCAACGUUGAAUGCAUGCUGGAAGCCGUUAUGGCCAGAUUGCGUGCAAUCCUCGUUGCCGGUGGGUGACGAAGAAGGCGAAAUUCUCUUGCUCGCCCACGCUAUUGGAGGAGAAGGAUUCAAUGAUUUUUGUAGCGCUGAUAUUGACGAAAUGACACAGGAACCAUUUUUCGAUGAUGAUGAUUUGCUAGAUUACAUUAACGAUUCAACAAGCACCAUAAAUGAAGAAAAAGAAUUUACUGAGAGUAAAGUCGAGGAAGGGCUACAGCUUGGUGAACAACUCGCCGACUUCUUUUUGACUCAUGAUCCUUGCGUCGAGCGGGCAGUUUCUUUUCGUAACGACUUAAAGUAUUGCUUACUUCGGUACACAGAGCUGGUAAAAGCUGGAAAGAAAGCUUCCGACGACUUACAGCUUAACGACGAGGAGAAAAAUUCCCAUGGCAACCCGCUGAAACGCAAACGAGCCCGCGUUAUUUACGACAGCGAUUAA